AUGAAGGCUUAUGCUGAUUCCGACCUCUCGGUAUCUGAGACAUCAGUUAAAAUAAACCAGAGGGUCUGGGUGGAGUUGAAGACCACAGGACUGGAUGAAAGGUUGGUCGCCAUGGUGAUUGACUCCUGCUGGGCAACCAAAGAAGUCAAGCCAGAUUCGAGUCCGCAAUACCACCUGAUCACCAAAAGGUAAGGCAGGUGCAGAGGGAGAGUUGCGGCUCCACAGACAGUUUGUAAAAGGGUUUCUGGGUCUCUGAUGAGAUUUUUUUUUUUCUUUGAGAGCAGCUGUGCCAAAGACAAGACGGUGGUAAUGGACAAAAACGGCAAAGGAACAUCCAACUCCUUCUCCUUCACCACCUUCCAGUUCUCCAAAAGCACCGGCGACGUCUACCUGCACUGCCAGGUCAAGCUGUGCGGUUUAAAGAAGGGCAAGAACUGUGUACCGGUACUCCUUCAGACACACACACACCUUAACACACCCCAAGGUCAGGGGUCCUUCAUUUACACCUGUAGGGAGAUGAAAGUAACAAACAGUGAAGGGCACGAUCAACAAGGUGACCUAGAGUUAUGAGAAUUAUGUGAAUAGUUGGGUAAUUAAAGUCAUCUGUCACUGGGACAAAGUACCCCUGUGUUAGGCCAGCUAUCUACCAGAGGAGUUGGGGAAGAUUUGGAAAGACUCCUGGAAAACUAUUAACUCACACCUGCUCUCAUCCAAAGACAAGUGUUUAGAGUUUUUGGUCACAGCCUACCCAAUAGACGGCUAUUAGACGUCUAGUUUUUUUAGACCCAAUUUCAACUGUCUAGAUUCUGUCAUUUUUAGACCUGUGGUAGCCUGAUUUUAGACCACUUGUCUAGGCUACCUUUACAUCUAUUAGACCUCUUUUAGACCAAAAAAUGCUCAGUGGGUAGUUCCAGACUGAAAAUAUACAAAGACUGUGAAUCUUGCAGGGUCACUAUGUAAAGACUACAACUAGAUUCUUUUAGCAUUUUUCGAGAGUUCAGUGUUUCCCACUGGUGGGGAAUCUAUCUGUGGUGGUGUAUGAUUUUGGGGUGGGUGGGUGGGGGGAUUCAUUAAUCAGCUGUGUGUUUGCGUAGGACAUUGUGAUACUCCCUAAUACUAAUACUCAGCGAACCCUACAGUGCAGCCCGUGUGCACUGCAUUUAAUACAUACUGAGUCCAAAGUGGUGUGUAAAAAAAAACUUUAUUGUUGAGGUGGUGCGGCUUUUAUUUAGCUGUGGAGGUGUGCCAUUACAUGUGGGUAAACCCUGCAUUUGAUGUCAAACAGACUAGGUUGAUCUGCCCACAGCUCCACUAUCUGCUCCUUUUUUAUUUUGUUCUUCUUGUUUUGACUGUCAGGUUUCCUUUUCUGCUUUUUUAGGAGCUCAUCUAUUUGUUGUUGGUUUUGUUCAGUCACAGACUGUCACCAAAAAGAGGCCCUGGCAAUUUUGAAAGAGAAAGGCCACAUUUGUCUUCUCAGGUUGUGCGAACAAUGAAGAAACAACACUACACAUGAACAUUACACUGCCACAGAACAUGAUGUAGCUUAAACAGAACAUGAAAAAUAAAUGGUAUAACUUUUUAGUUACAGUAGCAGGUUGCGCAAUGAUUUGCCUUUCCCUUCUACUCUAUCAAUCACAUCAUCCAAGUCCAGUAAUUAUAUUCAUCCUGGAUCACCUCUGUCACUGGAGCAGCUGUUUCUCUGCUUGUAGUUGCAAUACCAGGUGCAGGUGUGAUGGCAGUAUCCAUUUCUUGGGAGUACAAAAAUAUCCUGAUAAAUAAAUAUCUAUAUACGUGUAGUACGGGCCUAAGCUGCUGAGGAGAGUGGUGGCUGAUGAGCUGAUGACAGACAGGUGUGUAGAUGGUACAGGUGUGGUAAUUGGAGGAGACAGCCAGCCCGCAAUGACAAGGACAGGGGCAAACAAGCAGACAAUGCAAAUCUAGAAAAGGGGGGAGGGGCAACAUAGGAGAAACAAGGAGAAGAUCCUAACAUUUUAUAAUGAGAUGAGUUAAGUUGUUAUGUUGUUUGACAAAAAGAAACUUAUUUUUUAAUGAUAUAUAUUUAAAAGGAAAAAACAACUUAUUUUUCCAUUAAAAAAACUGAUUCUCCAAACGUACUGACUUCAUCACGUAACAACUUUAUUCCUCUUCCAAUCUCUUUCCUCAAAUUCAAGUCUCUUGUACCGUAACUCAUCUUUUUUCGUAUUAAUUAGGACUUUACUCUGGUGACAUGAAGACCUUAUUUUUAAAAUGAUUAUCACUUUUGUAAUAUUCAUAACAAAAAAAAUAUGAAGUUUUUGAUAUAAUAAUAAAAUUCUCAUGACAUAAAAACUUUGGUCAUAUAUUAACAACAUUAAUCCAGAAAACUAAACCUUUUUCUUUCUAAUGAGGCCCUUAAUACAAUUUUUAAAAAACAAAUUAAAAUAGAAACAACAAAGAAAUAAAAGUCUGAUUUUGUUAAAGUGGUAAAACCAAAUGAAAAAGCCGGUGAGAUGAUCAGUACAUUUUUCAGCAGGUUGUUGUGGCUUGUUGCUCUCUUUGUAGCUGUUGGGUUUUACAGGCUGGUACUUCAGCUGGGGUGGGGGUCCUGCCUUCAUAACUCUGGACACUGUGUUCCUGUUUUUUACCCCCCAGGACUGUACCAAGAGCGGACGAAGACGCCGAUCUCCCAACUUCCUGUUUGAAGAUGGAGCCCCGGCCUUAGUCACCAUGGCCUGGACUAGUUAG